UGCGCAUCGCGUGUUGUUUACAUGGAAAUUCACACGCAGUUUCACGUUUCUAGCUAAGAUUUUCGUUGUUCUUUUUAAUUGGAAAGAGAUUUGAAUCAAGCAGAUCACUUAUUUGCCGUUUGAUUUGCUAUAACGAGUGAAAAUGAUGCGAAACGGCUUCAAACUCGGCAUGCUUCCCAUGCGAAACAUCACAGGGCGGCCCGUGUCAGACCCGUCGUGCCAGAAAUGCUUGCAGAAGGGCCACUGGACGUACGAGUGCAAAAAUAAGCGCAAAAUUUUGGAACGGCCGUCGAGGACAAUGCAGCUGAAUAAACGGCUGAAGAAUCCGGACACAAUCGAUAACACUGAGCAACUCACUGUGAGCGUGGUGAAGGCAUUAAAGGAAGAACUGGAUAAAUCUUCCGAUUCGAGCGAUUCCGAUUCGGACUCGUCAAGCUCAUCGUCAAGCUCGUCUCUCAGCAGCGAAUCCGAUUCAAGCACCUUGUCAGACUCGUCGUCAACAGGUGGCCGAAAGAAAAAAUCAAGAAAGGUGGUUAAAAAGAGCUCAGCAGUUGAGGAGCACCAAGCCUCUAGGUCGAGAAGUGUCGAAAAACCAAACUCUAAAAAGCAGGUCGUCAGGGAAAGGAGUUUGAGCAGCAGCAGUAGUGAGGGAGACACUGGAAGACUGAAGAGCACAAUUUGUGUCCCUCAGCAGCAAAAGCAGCAAAGAGAGCGGCGUUCAAGUGACAGUUCUUUGAGUGAAUGACUGUAAAUGUGUAAAGGAAAGAGACUCCAAUAAUUCCAAUCGGAUUUGAAAUUUCUUUAUUUUUUAUUGUUUAUCAGGAGGAUUAAACUAAACCAUUUCAAUUCAACUUUCUAUUCAGGGUUGCAUUUGCUUACCACCUGGUUUUUAUCACUCAAUGUUUGCCCAUUUCUUACGCUAUAAGUUAAUUCUUCCAUGUUUCCCCUGUGAAAAUUUAAAUUUUGCGGUUGGAUUGGUCAGAAUUUCCUCUUCUCUGUAGAUUUUGUCUUUUAAAUUGCCAUUUUCUACCUCAAUUUCUCCAGUUGAGGUCGUAAGCAAAAUAUUAGAAAAUUAUUGAAAACAGUUGCAAACAACAUUGCCUGCAAGAAACUGGUUAAAUUGAAUUAAACGGUUUAUACCAGUGCACUGAAUUUGUUUUUAUAAAAUUCUGCUUUUUCGCAGCCCUGUAAUAUGUCACCACAACAUAGAUCAGGAGGUGGAAUUCAUCACCACAAAAAUGAACAUCAAAGUUCAUUAAUUUUUCUCACCAAAAAUGGUUAAUAUCACUACUUUGGUUGGAAUAUAUAAAUAAAUGUAUUGCUGUCUGUGUUCAAUGUAAGAAGUGCUGCGAUUAUUUCCCAAUUUUUAUGAAAAGACACUUUCUUUCGGAUAUAUUGCACUUUUUUUGAAGUGAAUUGAAUUUACCUCAGAGAGAUUUUGAAUCAAAUUCAUUUUUACGAUAUAUGAAAUCCAGUAGGAUAAAUUGUCAUCAAGUUGUUGGAAAGGGGUUUAAACUAAAAUCGAGCCUGAAAAAUAAAAAAUAUUUUUUAUCCAACCCCCUUAAAGAGAUUGUGUUUGCAAAUUUGGAAGACUAAAGGUGUGAAAUUAGGGCGCGCUCGAUUUUUUUCUGCGCUUCUAACCGUCACAAGACAAUCUGAUAAGCAGAAAUCCUGCGACUCGUCUGAACAACUAAAACUAAGAAAAAUAAAUUGGGCAAUUGUCCCCCCGUGCUAUCAAAAUUUCAAAUGUUUAUUUCAGUCACUCCUAAUCGCUCGUCAUAACACGAAAAAUUACUUUCAGCUGAAAUAUUUCAGACAAAUUGUUAUUAAAAUAAAAACUAAUGAACUGA